UUGAAGUUCAAGAGCAAGAUUUUAAAGAAAUUUUCUCAACUCUCAAUCUCAAGCAUAGGUGAGUUUAUUCAAUCACUUUUGCAACUAUGAUGUUUAAUUUUCUCUUCAGAAAUUUACUUCAUAUUCAUGGAAGAUACGCUAACUUAGCUUUAUUAAACCCUAAUAAAUUUCAAGAUUUUUCGUGUCCAUUUUUUGUCAAAUACAUCUCAACCAACUCAAAUGAACAUUCUUUUAUCGUCUCAUAUCUUAUUAAUUCACGUGGGUUGUCUUCUGAAUCUGCUCUAAAGGCAUCCAAAAUAGUUCAAUUUGAUACUCCGGAAAAACCGGACUUAAUGGUAAACAUUUUCAAGAGCAGUGGCUUCUCAGAAAUCCAAGUCUCAGACCUCAUCAGAAAAAGCCCAAAACUGCUUUUGUGCAAUCCUGGGAAAACCCUUUUGCCAAAACUUGAGUUUUUUCACUCCAAAGGCGUUUCAAGUCGUGAUCUUGCAAAACUUUUAUGUCGUCGACCUAAUGUCAUUCAAAGGAGCUUAAAAAACCAAAUAAUCCCUUCCUUUCAUUACCUUAGUAACUUGCUUCAAUCUAGUGAAAAGGCUAUUACUGUUAUUAAAAACUCUUCACGCAUUCUUGAAACUUAUAUAGGACCUAAGAUUGACAUUUUGCGAUAUUAUGGUGUGCCUGAGGCCAAGAUUUCCACGUUUUUGUGUCAUUGGCCUCAUUCAUUCUUAUCAAAAUCGGAUCAAUUUAAAGAAAUUGUGAAGGAAGUCAAGGAAAUGGGUAUCAGUCCUUUGAAGAUACAGUUUGUUCUAGCCAUUGUAGCGAAAAGAAUAAUGAGCAAGUCGCACUGGGAAAGGAAACACGAUGUUUAUAAGAAAUGGGGUUGGUCUGACAAAGAGUUUUUAGCGACAUUUUCAAUGUAUCCAUGGUGUAUGAUUGCAUCAGUGGAUAAGAUUACGGCGACAGUGGACUAUUUCGUGAACAAGAUGGGUUGGGAUUCUUUCAUUAUCUCGAAACACCCAUUACUUAUUACAAUGCGCUUGGAGAAGAGGCUUAUACCUAGGGCUGCAGUAAUUCAUUUUCUGUCAUUGAAAGGUUUGAUCAAUAAAAAAAUAAAUAGUUUGACUUAUAUGUUUGAGUGCCCUGAAAACACCUUCCUGCAGAAAUCUGUGAAUUCUUAUGAUGAAGCUCCCUAGUUAUUGAAGUUGUACCAAGAGAAGUUGAAUCCUUCAGAAAAGGCAAAAUGAUCAUUGUGUAGAAACAUGGAUGCAUUAUUUGUAGAAUCCUUACAUUGUAAAAUCCAAAUUGCAAUGUUCUAUAAGAAAUGGAGUUUGUCUGAGGAAGAGAUUUUUGAAGCAUUUGGGAGGAAUCCAUGGUUUAUGAUGGCAUCUGAGUAUAAGAUUAUGGCAGUAAUGGAUUUUUUUUGUCAGUAAAAUGGGUUCAGAUCCUUCGGUUAUUGUCAAACGCCCAAGACUUAUUACAUUGAGCCUGGAAAAGAGAAUUGUUCCAAGGGGCACCUGUCUUUCAGUUUCUGUUGUCAAAAGGUUUGGUAAAGGAAAACCUUUACUUGCCUAAAUUGUUUUUGACUCCAGAUAAGUUGUUCUUGGAGAAGUUUGUGGACUGUUAUAAAGAGGAAGCUCCUGAGGUGUUGACGCUGUAUAAGAUAUAAAUAGAACUUCUCAAGAUGACUACAAAGUGGGUUGGCAUGGUUUAGAGUGAUGCAAGUGUGUAAUCCAUACAUUCUGAUUUCGGGUUUUUUUUUUUUGCCCUUUCUUUUAAAUGUUCUGUAGUUUGAUUCCAGAACACAAUUUUCUUGCUUGUUUAUCAUUUCCAUAUCUUUCUUA